AUGAAACGGAAUCACGACUUCAGCUCCUCGGAUAGCGAGCUGGAUGAGACCAUAGAGGUGGAGAAGGAAAGCGCGGAUGAGAAUGGGUAAGUUCUUUUAACCUGGAGUGAAUGCUGGGCUAAGUUCCUAGAAGCUGUUAUAUCAAAUGCACACACAGUCAGAGUCCUUUUUGAUGAAGUCGCCAUCUCUUUGAAGGGACAUCAGCUCUCCUAUGGGGUCCAUGUCUCCCACUACAUCCACCCAGGUGCAGGCGAGGAAAAGACGUCGAGGGGUGAGUACAUAAACAUCUCCAGGAAGACAAAAACAUGUUUGACCAUGUGUAUAUUGUAAAGAUUUCCUUAAACUAACCAAAUAUUGUGUUUUUUCCUCCUUAGAUAAUUGAGAAACGUCGUCGUGACAGAAUAAACAACAGUCUCAGUGAGCUCCGCAGGCUGGUUCCCAGUGCCUUUGAAAAGCAGGUGAGCAACAGGCAACAUCACAACUUUAUUCUGACUUUCACACUCUUUCUCAAGUCCAGAAACUGUGUGAUCUCUCUCCUGAUAGUUUAUAUCUACUAAUCGUGUCUUUUCUGUCUGCAGGGCUCAGCCAAAUUGGAGAAAGCAGAGAUUUUACAGAUGACUGUUGACCAUCUGAAGAUGCUUCAUGCUGCUGGAGGCAAAGGUACGCCUGGGAUCUAUUCAACCUUUUUGGAGUUAUCGUCUUUUGAAGAGGAGAAAAUCUGGAUACUAGAUAACUUUUUGUUGUCACUCAUAGUAAAGUAAAGUAAAAGUAAACCAGUUGAAGAUGAUUUAAUCAGGUUUUAUUAUUAUAGUUGUUAUUGUGAAGGUUUUUUUCUCUGUUACUCAUUGGCUAACUUAUUUUGCGAUGUUCUGGGCAGUUUCCAAUCUUUGGUCUUCUUGUCCCCCGUCAGGUUAUUUCGACGCCCACGCUCUGGCGAUGGACUACCGUGGUCUGGGUUUCAGGGAGUGUCUGGCUGAGACGGCCCGCUACCUGAGCAUUAUCGAGGGCCUGGACAGCACUGACCCUCUGCGUCUCCGUCUGGUCUCCCACCUCAACAACUACGCCAGUCAGAGAGAGGCUCACUCCGGACUGAGCCACCUAGCAUGGGGGUCUGCAUUUGGGUCCCCUCCUGCUCACCUCGCCCACCCCCUCCUCCUCCAGCACCAACAAGCGGCACCUUUGGCACCCUUACCCCGCAGCACCACCAGCAGCCCACAAACUCCUCUGUCAACUGCAUCCACUUCAUCCACCUCCUCCUCUUCCUCCUCCUCGUCCUCGUCAGUCGCAGAAACUCACACCCUGAGCAGGCGCAGCGGCAGCGCCACCCCGCACUCAGAUCAAGUCCCCAUCCGGGUGCCCCCCACCAGUGCCGCUUCUGCCUCCGUCCCGCACCCUGCCCUGGUCCCCUCAUCCUCCAAACUCUCCCCUCCUCUGCUGUCCUCCCUCUCAGCGUUUCCAUUCCCCUUCAGUGCCUUCCCCCUCAUCUCCCCCACUUCCACCAUCAGCCCUCCAGCCCCGACAUCCAGUGUGGGGAAGCCCUACAGACCCUGGGGGAUGGAGAUAGGAGCGUUCUGA